AUGGAAGCGGAUCCGUAUCACGGACCGGCCGCGGAGGACGGGGACGCGGCUGCGGUCCAGACUCGGAGCCCAGGCGACAUUGUCGAGGGCGCCCCUAGGGCGCAUGCCGGUAGCGGCGACGACGGCGCGGCGCCGAGCUCGGAGUGGUUCGGGGGGCAGCAAGUCUCCGACGGCCCGAUCGACCAAGAAGACGCUACGAUAAACACGAUCGACGACUCGUCGAUACACUCAGGCCCUGCCGCGGCUACGAUAGUGCCCCCAUACUGGCAAAAUGUACCGUCACGGCGGCGGCCCUCCACGCACUCGUCCGACUCGGGGCGCCCGCCGGCCGGGGCCAUCCUACUACUCGACAACGAAGCCGACGAAGGCGAGGAGGAGCGUAACAACGCCUGCUGGGCGAGGAGCGUCGAGAUUGUCGACCACACCGUCGUCAACGGCGGCGCGACCAACAUUGGCGCCUUUGUCGUGUGGAACGUGCGGGUAGAGACCCUUCAGGUAGGCGAGCUUCUUUUUGCAAGCGCGCGCCCCGUUGCCGCCGCCGGUCUCCGUCUGAUGCGAUGCUGA